ACUCUUAUUAAUACAGGCCUAUUUACGCUCAUACAGGCUACAGGCUCUAAGUAAAGCAGAUCAUUAUUAUAAAGAAAUGAAAGUUUGACGAUAGGUUUAUAAUAUACCAUCACCAUAAUCAUCACUAGCAACAAUCUAGUCGAUCAUAUUCAAAAUACACAUUUACCAUCAGACUACGUAAGCGUGGGUGGGAGUGGGGAACAGAGUUUGUAGUGUGGUAUAAACCAUAACCAUAUGUAUUAUCAGUUAAGGCCUAUAAUGGGCAGCAUCAUAAGACUGUCAAAUGUAUCCUAAUUUUGACGUAAAUUUGUGUAUGGCUUUUUCUCUAUUAGCUGAAGGCAGAGUUACAGGACACAAUGUCGAAAACAAUUAUAGAGGAAUAUGGCAACACAAAAGCAGCAACAGACGCUAUAGACUAUGUUCAAGAAAAGUUUGAAUGUUGUGGAGCCCUAUCGUACACACAAUGGUUGUUGGAUUUUAAAGCAAUACCUACUUCCUGCUGUAAAGUCGAAAAUUGCAUUCCAUUAGCUGAAACGGUGUAUGAGAAGGGCUGCGUUGAAGCUGUUGACGAUUGGGGGAAGAAGAAUUUAUUGAUUCUUGGCGGUUUAUCACUUGGUCUGCUUGUCUUUGAGCUUAUUCCAAUGUGUCUUGCAUGCUGUCUGCGGAAGAUGAUCAAAGAUGACUAAUUGAAUGCAGUUUGAUGGACGACUUUAUGUUUAUGUUCUAAUUAAAGCACCUCGUUCAGAAUUCAUCCUUCAAAUUUUGAAAUCCUGUGAGUGGGAGCUGGUCUGGAAACUAAAUCACGGUCGCUUGCUUGUGGAGCGACAGCUGUACGGAGCUUUCGAUUCGAUUUGCGCAACGAUGUGAACAUAGAACGGAUUCACUCAUUCGUGAACCUUCUGCGUUCUCUGCACAACGUGGAUUCUGACCAAACAACAUCCUAGAAUCAACGUCGUCACAUGUGCAAAUGACUGCUACAAUAAUCGAAAGCUCCAUACUGUUCACAUCUGUAAACACAAAAUUACAUUUAGUAUGAGUUUGAGAGGCCACUCAUUGUAAUAUUAUUUAGCACAUUUACACAUUGUUCUUAAUACUUUUAAAACUAUCUGUUUAUAAAGAAUGGUGGGGGUGGGGGGCGUUUGGUGCAGCGGUUGCGGGUAGGUGUGCAUUUUGCUUGUGUGCCUUGACAAGGCACUUUGCCUACGUUUGCCUCACUUCACCCAGGAGUAUAAUUGGGUACCUGGUGGAAAUAUACUGGCGAGGUUAAAAAAAUACUACUUUUACCUUAUUCAUAAAGAUUUGUUGGUGAAACUAUUGAUAGAAAAAAUAUAUUGUAAAGAUAUUUUUUUAUCAAGAAGUUAGAUAUUGGAAUACUUUAAUAGACAAUGAAGGAUUGACAUGGAAACGAAGUGCAUAAAUAUGUUCGAAUUACCCAUUGCGUAUUCAUAUUCAGAAUUAUACCUCUACACAUUCUUUCUGCUUCUGUAAAAAUGAAAAAAAAAAUAUCCAAAGGCCCACAGUUGCACGGUAAAUAAUUAGAACGAAAUUUUGUAAAAACACACUUUUAUUUAUUGAGGCUGAAACUAGUGUCAAAAGUUCUAUUUAUGAAAGUUUUAAUACAUAGGUAUAUUUUCUGCUGUUGUUUGUAACUAUAGGAAUGUAUAACUAUAAAGAAAUUUGAGAGGAGGGAUGGAGUAACUCUAAUUUUUGGCGCUACUGUAAUAAUUAAAUGUGUUUUAAUGCAUGAUACCUUAUCCAGAGGCUGAAAAUUGUAUUUGUAUUGUUUAAUAAGCCAAUUCGUAGUUUGAACUGCGCAUGCCCGUAUCAAUAUACACACAACAUAGGUUUAUUUCAAUUGACCUUUGAUACAGGCAUGCGCAGUUCAAACCACACAUUGGCUUAUUUAAUAUUGGAAUUGCUUAUUUUGUAAAUUAAAGUAUAGUUAUUAGCUUUAAUAGAAAGUAAGACGCCAAUAAUGAUAAUAAACUCAUAAAACACUCCUAUUCUGUGCACUUUAAAUAAUGGACCCCACCACUAACUAAGGUCCUACAAAUCGACAGCAUUAAGCGUACAUAAACACGUGCAUUUUUGGGACAAACGCGUAUUCUUGGCCAUUUUCUGAUUGGUCAGAUGUUCAAUUCGAUUGGCCCGCUGGGGAAAGGUCUAUUGAAUGAUAGCCAUAAUAGGAAACUGAAUAAUUAAUUUUGUUUCGAUCAUUGAAACUGAUAAUUUACUAGAUGUUUUUUUUAAGCAAUUCAAUACUGAAACUGAAUUUUAGGGUGUUGUUUUUAGGUUUUAUCACAAAUAAUAUAUUAUAACAGAGUAAACUAUGCGAUCUUUCAUUUAUGUCAUAAUACCGUACUUUUUUCUAUCAUAAUAGUAUUGUUCUUUCCUAUGUGUUUGAAAUGAUUGUUUUAUUAUUAGCUGUUUUACACUUACGGUACUUUAUAUUUACAUAU